CAAAAGCUGUGCAGGAUGCUGAGCACUGCACUGAGCAGCUGAGAGCUCAGCCAGCAGGUGAGAACAGGAGACUGUGUCUCCUCCCAAGAAGACUGUGAUACCUCCAGACUCUGCUGCUCCUCCACUCUUCAGGGCCAGCACUGGAAGAUUAUACACUCGUCUGCAACCCCAAAAAUAUAUUUUCCAACAAAGUGCCAAUGGGAUUCAGCUAAAUUUCUAGAUAACCUAAAUGAUGGAUAGAAAACCAGCUUGCACUGAGAGCCCGUCCUUGGGUUCUGAAAAAGAGCCUCUGACAUGCAGAGCCCGGUCAGAAUGCAAAAAAGAUGGACAACUUCGGAACUGCAAACCUUCACUACGUCUUUCUGAAGAGCUUAACAAGGUGCACCCCAGUCCUGGAGAGAGGGCUGAGUCUGAUCAUACGUCUAAUAAAUAUUUAGCAGUUCAAAGUCCUGAUGCACCAUGCAAUGGAACCAGGAAUGUAAUAGAUGAUGGAUCAGCCCCUACCCUCACUGUGAUCCCUUCUUGCAGAGCAGAAGUGCAGCAUCUGCAGACAGAUCUAGGCGAGAGAGAGACUUGGAGCAAAAAAAUAGACUUUCUCCUAUCGGUUAUUGGUUACGCAGUGGACCUGGGCAAUGUAUGGAGAUUUCCUUAUAUCUGUUAUCAGAAUGGAGGAGGAGCUUUUCUCAUUCCAUAUGUGAUCAUGGCUGUGUUUGGUGGAAUUCCUCUCUUCUAUAUGGAGUUGGCCUUGGGUCAGUAUCACAGAACUGGCUGCAUUUCUGUAUGGAGGAAAAUAUGUCCCUUAUUUAAAGGAAUUGGCUAUGCGAUCUGUAUAAUAGCACUUUAUGUAGCAUCUUAUUAUAACACCAUAAUGGCCUGGGCUCUCUACUACCUCAUAUUCUCAUUCCGCUCUGAGUUGCCUUGGACCAGCUGCCAUAAUGAGUGGAACACAGAAAACUGCACCAACUAUUUCCAGAAUAGUAGCGUGAUAUGGAUCAACAGCUCUAUAUCUCCGGCAGAGGAGUUUUACACUCGACUUGUGCUGCAGAUACACAAAUCUAAAGGUCUACAGGAUCUUGGAGGAAUUAGUUGGCAGCUUAGUCUCUGUCUACUCCUCAUCUUCACUAUUGUGUACUUCAGCAUAUGGAAAGGGGUCAAAACUUCUGGAAAGGUGGUGUGGGUUACAGCAACCUUUCCAUACAUUGUGCUUACUUUGCUAUUAAUACGAGGGGCAACACUCCCUGGUGCUUGGAGGGGAGUUAUAUUCUACCUGCAACCUAACUGGGAGAAGUUGCUGACCACUGAGGUUUGGGUGGAUGCCGCAGCACAAAUUUUCUUCUCACUAGGCCCUGGGUUUGGAGUUUUACUGGCCUUCGCUAGCUACAAUAAAUUUCAUAACGACUGCUACCAAGAUGCAAUGGUGACAAGUACAGUUAACUGCAUGACCAGUUUUAUGUCUGGCUUUGUCAUAUUCACGGUCUUGGGAUAUAUGGCUGAAAUGAGAAACUUGGAUGUCUCAGAAGUUGCCAAAGAUACAGGACCCAGUCUUCUCUUCAUCACCUAUGCAGAGGCGAUAGCCAAUAUGCCAGCUUCCACCUUCUUUGCCGUUAUCUUUUUCUUAAUGUUGAUUACACUUGGACUGGACAGUACGUUUGCAGGACUGGAAGGUGUUAUUACCGCAGUACUGGAUGAGUUCCCACAAGUAUGGGGCAAGAGACGAGAACUUUUUGUCUUCCUAUUAAUUUCUGUCUGCUUUCUUGGGGCACUAUCUACCCUGACUUUUGGUGGUGCUUACAUGGUAAAGUUGUUUGAGGAGUAUGCCACUGGCCCAGCAGUGCUCACUGUGGUAUUCCUGGAAGCCAUAGCAGUGUCCUGGUUCUAUGGUAUGAACCAGUUCUGUCGUGAUAUAAAGGAAAUGUUGGGUUUCACUCCAGGCUGGUUUUGGAGGAUAUGCUGGGUGGCUAUAUGCCCACUGUUCCUUCUGUUUAUUAUAUGCAGCUUUAUGUCCAGUCCUCCAGAGCUACGUCUUUUUAACUACAAGUACCCAGACUGGUCCGUUGUGCUUGGUUAUUGUAUUGGUACAUCUUCAUUCAUCUGUGUGCCAAUAUACAUGGUAUAUCGACUGUCUAGCACCCCUGGCUCAUUAAAAGAGCGUUUCAUUAAGAGUAUAACCCCAGAAACAGGAUCAGAAAUACCACUGGGAGCUAUUCAUAUGAAUGCUGUGUAACCUGGAAACAACCAUUGCCCUUUCUUGUUUGCAGACAACGCACCCCAUUCUGUGCCUAAGAAAAACUUUGUAAACUUCAGACUGUCUAUGGUUCAACCACCUACUUUGCAGUGGAUCAUGCCAGAGAGGCAGACUGGGCACAGGUUAUGUCUCUAACGUUAAAGCACCGACAAGUGCAGGGUCCAAUUCAAAGAAUAUUUAAUGUCCAUCCAUGAUUGAACUGCAGCAUGCAUGUCUUAUGCUGUUGGGAACAUGGUCUUAUUUGUCUAGAGGGCACAAUAUUCUCUAACAUAAGAGCAAACUAAUCAUGAUAGCUUAACUUGUAUUAGUAACUGAUAUGCUCCAUGAAGCACCAGAGGCAGGAGCACCAUAUCAGUAACAAAGUGCAUGGUAAUACAACGAUACACAGAAGUAAUAAAACAGAUAGUCAUCAACCAUAAAGCCAGUCAAAAUAAUAGAGAAGCAGAUCCAUAAAAAACAAAACAAAUGAAAGAUGGACUUACCAUUAAUGAUGUUUACGUAUGAUAGGUUUCUGUGGAACACCCAUGCUGCUAGCCAGAUGCUCUGCUGUAUACAGAAAUACGUUCAACCCAUAGUCCAUGGUCUAGAGGACAGUACAUACAAGAUCUCAGAUCUCUAAUGGGCGAGCAGUAAAACAUAGGAAAGGAAACCCUGAUAUUCCCUAAAGGCCUAGGCCUACCCCAGAUAACCAUUCUGAUAAGGGCCAACCAUUUGGGAACCUGUACCUGAAUUAAACCUUAUGAUUCCCUAUAUCCAAUGAAAUGUUCUGGUAUAGAUCUGUGUCUUUAUUCUUUUGGCUACCUGUAUUACAACUUAUGUAUGUCUACAUGUUGAUGUUUUUUGUGUGCUAUCAUGAUAGGUUCCUGACCCUUCUACUGUCCAAAUUGCAGGUGGGAGAAAGAAAGGUAUAUGUGCCCUACCUCUGAGUAUGCUGGUGAUACCUUCUGAACCCCUUCUGGUCACACCUUCAAGAGCAUGCUCUAAUUAGUGUUCUCAACACAAUUAACACUGAUAUUGUCAGUCUUAUAAUAGCUCUCAAAACACCCGUCAUUUGUCUGCCAGUGUUAUUUCACCCCUUGAUACCAGCCCCAUCAUAAAGUACUUACAAAUGUACAAUGGUUUCUAAUUUGUGACAUUUGCAUGCAACAUUCACAGUCUAUCUCAAUCUCAGUCACAUUGGUCAACCACCCAAAACGUUGAGUACUAUCAUAGGCAGAAAGGUGUAAGGGAGGAUUACUUAUAAACGGCACAGUUAGAUUAAACAGGCCUGUUACACUGUAAUACAAGGCACAUGGAGCUAUAGUAGGGUUACCACAGUAAGUGCCCUGUUAUGGCUCCAUACAACUAGCAGGUUGUAAGGAACCAUAGCACGCCUAUGUGCAUGAGGCCUGUAAAGCUACAUUCAAAUCUGGGGCAUCAAGAAUCCAGCACUCACUCUAUGGGGUCCAGCAGUGUGCGGCACUAUCCAGCUAUGCCAGAUCCAGAUAACUGGGAUGUCUGGAAUGCCGCAGAUGUGAACAUAGCCUUACUGGUCUACUUUAAACUGCCUCAUAGUGAGUAGUAUUAGAAAAUAUUUUAAAGUAUAUUUAAUAUAUCAUAACAGUUUAUCUAUAUAUUUUUAUAUUACCGUAUAUUGAGAAAGAUGCUAGACUGCACAUCGUUGUCUGGAGAACACUGCAUAUGAAGUGUAAUGAUUACACCUAGUACAAUUUGAGGGCAUUUUAUUUUUCAUAUAAAUUAUUUUUUUCUGCUUUUAAUUACCAUAAAAGAUAUGUGAAAUAAAUAUAAUAAACGAGACCUGGUAACUCUUUAUAUAAGUAUAUUGAAAGAGGACCUGUCACCCCUCUCUUGACAUGUCUAUUUUUGCAACCACUUCCAUUCUCCAUGUAAUACCAAUUCUGGAGCGUCUAUUCUUAUGACUCCAUGUUGUGCCAUUUUUGUAUUACUACUGCUAGAAGUUUACAAAUAAAUUGCCAGGAGUCUGCAGUAAAGGUACUGCUGGGUGUUACCACCAGUAGCGGGUGUGUCUGACGCUGUCCAAUUAGACUGUUCAGGGACACAUCCCUAACUGGUAACACCCUUCUGUACCUUUACUGCAAGCUGCUGAUAACUCAUUCCUAACUGCGUCUAGAAAUAACAAAGCAAUGGAACAACAUAGAGUCUUAAUAAUAGAUGCUUGAGAAUUAUUAUUCUGUGGGGAAGGCAAGGAGUUACUAAAACAGAUAUGUCCGGAAAAGUGACUGACAGCUCCUCUUUAAGUUUUGAUGGAACAUUCUUUAUUAAAGCACAUGCUCGCCGAUCGAUUACAUAUAUCCAUAGUACAACUUUCCCGCUGAAGACAAGCAUUAGAUGUGGUUAGCUGUAUAAUACUGUAUGCUGUAAAAUGUGUAUUGAAGUCCACCCCAUUUGUAAAGUGUACAAACUGACCUAAGAUCUGGAUAGUGUGCUGCUUUGUGGAUUUCCUUUUGAUGAUGCUGUUAUGCCAUGUAUAUUGUAUCUUAUUCAUUUCCUACACAAUCAUGAGACUCGGAAGCUUAGGAUGACUGAGCAAUGAAAGAUUUUUCAUUGAUGUCAGAAUAUACACUCAUUGAAAAAAAAAUAAUACCGCACCAAGGAGGAGUUUGAAUUGAAUGAAACUUUAUAUGUCUGCAGGGGUGGAAUGGGAAUUUAAAGUGGCUCUGAACCUCCCCCAUUCCCCCCCGAAAACUAGCCCCAUGUUGUAGGUGGGUCCAAACUAACCGGCCAACACAAGUAGGCAUGGACAACAGCAGUAGGCAGGGCCUGCAAUACUGUAUUGGUGCACAAAAUACCGCUCCCACAGAAGCAAAUACACAGUGUAGCACAAAAUACUGCCGGCCUUACCACAGUAUUCAACUGUAUCACCAUCCUGAGGACAAUGAUACAGUUGAGUUUUAGGAGGGCACCAGCGGCCGUUGGGCAGGUGCAUAAGUACUUGAUGCUCCUAGCAUUAAUUAAUGCCGAGAGCAUGAGAUCCUUUUGUGGCUGGCGGCUGUGAGAAGGGCUCAGGAUGCCUACUGGAUGUAGGCUCACCGAGAAAUUUCCCUGUAGGGUGUAUGGCCAGUCGUUUGGGAAAAUUAUACAAUUGAAAGGAGGCUCUAGGACCCUGUUGGCCCCCCUCUAGGCUGGAUACAAGAUGAGAUAUGGUUGGGCAUGGAGGCAUACACAUUCCAUAUGGCAUCCUGUGGCACAUUUUCCCACAGAUAUUUCAGCUGGGCCUGUAGAUCCUAACUGGUCCCAUAAAUGCAUAAACAGCGAUAAAUCUGGCAACUGGGCCAAGGAAGUGUUACAUUCCUGCCAUGAGAGGCAACCUAAUUUGGCUGCAGGAUGUCCUGCACAGCUCACUGAGCUGUUGGGUAACCAACUGUUGUAUGUAGUGGCCCUUCAGAUCAUCAUGCCAGCAGUUGGGGCAGGGUGUCUCUCUACAGCAAAGGCAGGAAUUGAAGCGCUCACCAGGGGACCUCCAUACUCGGAAUUAGAACAGGCUGAUCCCAAACAGAUGAUAUGGUUCUAGUCCAUAGUAGUACAGGAUUCUCAAUUACGACACCACUGGAAAAAAAGCCUACGGUGGCUGGCUUAUCAAUACCUGGACACAUAAGACGCACCAUGACACCAAACGUCCUUCUGCUAAGCACCGGGAAAACAUCUAGGCAGAGACAGGGGUGUGUAAUGAAGGUGCCACCUGUAUCUGGAUGGUGGAAAAUGAAACUGUAAGAGCUUCUCGUGCUUGGCGGAUCAUACGGUCCUCUCUACUGGUCUGUCUGGGUGAUCCAGCCUGCUCACCCUGUGUGUGCGCCAUCACACAACCACUGCUCCCAACACCUCCUAACAGCUGGGUCAGAGGCCUAGAUGGUGGUCAAUUUUUUAAAAAAUGACCAACCUGCUUCUUUCAGUCCAAUGAUGCGCCCCCUCUCAAAGUUGGUCAACUGAGAAAGAUUUCUUUCAGUGUGUUGCAGAGGCAAGUCUAGUAGUCAACGAUCUCUCACCAAGAUGCACACUACCCAAAGUUAGCUUCUGAGAGCCUUUUAAUAGGGCAGUGGGGGGAGCACUUUUAUGCCCUCUUAUGGCAGGACCCAGUGUCUAAUCAGGCCACAAUUGUAAUCAUUGACAUAACUGCAUGCUGAGUUUCACAGCAAUCUGACAUUUCUCUCUGGAUGUGCUAUUUUUUUUUGUCAAUGAGGCUGUACCAUGAGGAUAGGACGUGUGUAUAUAUCCUAUUAGGGCAUAUCAUCCUGUAAUUAUAGUGACCUUCAGUCCAGGGAAAGGGGGAUUGAACCUCAACAACCAAUAUUGUCUUUGGUUAUGGGAAAAAUGAAGAAGAAAAUGUCUUAAAAAAGUGGACAUGGCAGGUGGUCAGGACCCAGAUCUAGGGAAAUUUGGUGCUCGGUGUGGUCUAUAUAUUCAGAACCAGAAGGUCCUGAGUUAAGAUGCCAGUGAAGAUCUAUGGGGUAAAUUUGAGUUCAGUGAUAGAUGACUUCAAAUCAGAAGCAAUUCAUUACUUGAGAUCAACACCUGGUAAGGGUAAGGCUAUGUAAUUGUAUUAAUAUUGUGCAUGAAAAUGAUAUAUAUUGUAAAAUUGAAUAAAUAAAAAAAAAUGAUAGAGGGGGCCCACUGCCUGUGAUCCCUUUCUAGAAGCCAGAAUGGAAAGAGCAUUUGCCAUUGUUGUAACCCAAGACUGGCCAUUUGGUUACACUGUGGGUCCCACAUUUUAAAUGCAUGGAUAGAUGUGGACCCCCCAGUGGACUUGUGUCCAUCAGCUGUUCGCUAGGCUGGCUUCAGUUCAGCAAGGGUGGGGAGGUCUACAAUGGACGCCCAGCAUUCUUUGUAGCAGCUAUAUAGUACAUGCGCUUACAGUCGCCACAUCAAGCAAAUAGCAAUGUUAUAUCUAUCCACUAAACACAGAGGAAGAUGGCCAAAGAAAGAAACCGUUCUCAGUUCCACCGUUACUGUAGUGUUGGGUGUAGACUUUAUGUAUAGUACACAGCAGUAGGAUCUAAGGGCGGCUCAUAUGCUGUUGCCACCAAUCUCCCCAAUAAAAAAUGAACACUCAGAUCAGCUUGUUAGGAUCCAAGGCAUCAUUUCAUGUUAUUUAAAAUUGGAUGAUCUUAAUACAACAGGAAAACGUAAAAGAAGUACAGUGAAUCAAAUGUGCAAUCAUCAUCAUUAGAUCUGAUUCUGUAAUAUUAUAUAACCAUACAAGAAAAGGCAUGCUGCUGAUGUAUAGAUUGUUAUGGUACUGAGCAGCCUCUGAUAAUGUAUAGCUUACAAAAAGGAAAACGUCUCUAGGCUCUCAUGUAUGCAUUUGACCAAGCUAUGUCUGUCCAUGAAUGGUCAUUGCUGAUCCUGCUAAUGGUGCCAUGAUGCCUCUCCUACAACUAGCAAAUACAAAAGCCAUACCCUUCAGCGGCAGAAGUAUAGGCAAUGCAAAGAUUACAGUCCUACUUGGCCCUGGAAACUGAGGGGGUCCGAAGGGUGCUUUUGCCCCUUAUGAGGAGACCAAUACUCAAAAUAAUCUGUAAUAGAUGGGGCUCCUGUUACAGAUUUUGCACUGGAUUUCAGGAGCCUCAAGCUACACCUCUGCUCAUUACUGAAAUGUUCAUGUAUGUACAUUGUGACUCAUUGAGGACAUAUAUAGGUUGUUCAGGAAGAAAUACAAAGGAGUAAUCAUGAAUUUACAUUAGAUGUCCUCCGGAGAAACGGAUCAGUUAUACAUUUUUUUCGAAUUUUUACCAUGCGCAGACCGGAAAAAAAAAUACUGGAAAUUAAAAAUACCGCAAUGCCGGAUCCGGCACUAAUACAUUUCAAUGUAAAUUAAUGCCGGCA